UAUCGAGUCAAUUUCCAGUCGGGCAUCGGGUCACGAUCUGACCAACUAAUUACCUACCUUACCAACACCAACACCAAACAAACGACGAAACAAGCUGAGCUAGACGCAAGAUCGUGGUCGUUGACGUUGACGUUGUCGUACCACUCACUACCAUACCACACAGCAACCACACCUCCUCUUUGGUUCAAUCCGUCAAGUUGUGUCAGCUCAGCCAACCACACAAUAGUACCGUACCUGUUCUGUCCACCGAUCUCAACCUCGAUUAGGUGGUUGCCAUCUCCAUUCCUCAUUCAGCUUCCAUCUAUCCAUCCUGUCAGUCACACAGUAACACACACAAGACACAAGAGACUAUCCCGUCGCCAUCACCUCUACACUACCUACCUAGACCUACUACCUCUAGACUGUACCUCUUCUCUCCACAGCAUCGUCGACCGAUCCUACCUAGAGGUAGUCCAGGUACCGGAUAUACCCAGGUAGCUACCUAGCUAGGUAUUGCCUAUUUGAAGCUAUCGCCCAUCUAACUACCAGAGGAGGCCGUACCUCGGGACACUACCUCCCGUCUACCUACCCACACAGGCUAUACCACCUGCCGCGAACCGACGGUUUUGUCGUUCCUGUCGCAGCAGUUACCCCGACCUUUUUUGUUAUCUCAACUGUGCCGCAACCCAAUAGCUCGAGUCCCAAUCAGACGAGUCCGGGCCCAACAACCACAACACCCUCUUUUUUCAGUUCAGGGUUGUUGGUCGUCGAAGACAUACGCUCGUUUGUCUCUAUCCCCAUCUUCGACGACAACAUCCUCCACAUGUCACGACAGUCUAGGUAGACUCUAGGUAUCCCACCAGCAGCCCGGCCCAUACCUUGCAUUCGCUUUCCUGUCUUUCGUUGUUGUUGUUGUUGUUGUUAUCUGUCUCUGCGCCACACGUCAGGCUGCUCUCGUCCCGUUCCAGCAGGUACUAUCCAGCAAAAAACAUCAGACGACUCGCGCAAAAACGAUCGGCCUCAGCCUUCCCCGCCCCGCGAACCUCGAUCAACCGAUAGUCCGUGGCCGGCCACCCUUGCCGGCCAUCACAUACAUAUCUCUACCGCCAUAUACCGCCAGACCCAUCCGUGGCAAUCGCUUGAUCGCCUUACUUUUUGUUCCCGACGACAUCGCUCAACACCCGCACCUAGGUGUUGCCUCCGGCCAUGUACCAAAAUGGCCAGAGGGACCCUCCGCGGCCCUUUGCGGUCCCGCCGCCGCCGCCGCCCAUGUCACCCCCGCAAGUCGGUUCUGGAGUUGCAGGCAUCAACAGCGUCAUGAACAUUCCUCCUCCACCCCCUCGCUACCCGGGCGCACCAGGAACUGUGGGCGGAUCCUUAUUGCCGCCUCCUCCCGGCCCGCCUCCUGGGAACCCGGGUUUCCCUCCGAGCGCAAUAGCCCCGCCGAGCGCCUUGGGCGCUGCACCCUGGCAUGGCGCCUGGGGACGCCCAUACAACGGACAAACCGCCUUCAAUCUUCCUCCUCCUCCGCCUGGUGGAAAUGGCGGGCUACAGGCCUACAAUCCCUUGUUACAUGCGCAGGCGGCUGCAGCGGCGGCAGCGGCGGCUGCGUCUGCUUCCAAUACCCCAGGUCCCCCCGCUACCUCGAUCACGAUACCUCCCCCGCCACCGCCAAGCGAGCAAAUGAGCGCGACCUAUAUUCCAUCGGCCGGCGACACGUAUGGUGAAGGUGUGGGCAUUCCUGGCUUGGGACUACCUGAGGAGUUGGGUGGCCCAGGGAACUGGACCGGGGCCGAACAGCAGCGCUUGGGAGGAACAUCUAUGGAGGAUGCGCAUAGGUUGCACGCUGCUCCCACGGCGGACCGGGGCUUAUCGACCACCAGCAACACCCCCAACAGCUCGUCGGCUAUUCCGCCCGAGUUGGCAGCGCAGUGGCCGCUUGAUAGGGUCCUGAUGUGGCUUCAGGCAAACAGCUUUUCCCAGGACUGGGUGAAUACGUUCAAGGUCUUGAACCUUCAUGGUGCGCAAUUUCUGGAGCUCGGCAGUGGUCAUGGUGGUCGCGGAAACUUUGGUAUGAUGCAUCAGCAAGUAUAUCCGCAGCUGGCGCAUGAGUGCCAGAUGAGCAAGACGGGCUGGGACCAGACGAAAGAGCGGGAGGAGGGCAAGCGGAUGCGACGAAUGAUCAGGGGGAUCGUGACGGGUCGAUCUGUAGAUCCAUCCAAAGUUGCCGCAAGUGGAGGCGCGCAAGGAGGAGCAGGAGGAGCAGGAGGAGGAGGCCAUGCCCGCAGAGAGUCCGUCAGUGCAAGCGUCCCGCCUAGUGCAGGUCCCGAUUCUGCAGAUUCUCCAAACGUGGAGUUCAGCAAAUCUCAUCUCUUUGUGCAGGAAGAGCAAGUCCAGUCCGGACCCAAGGCCCCGGGCCCGGGCUUCGCAGGCAGGAGAUUCUCCCAAUCGCGCGCAACGACGAUGCCGCUGCUGACAAGUACCAUGUCAUCAGGUGAGCCAAAUCACCGUAGCAUGAUGAGGAAUCUGGAUAUAGACAGCGCCCGUCGUCACAGCCCGAGCACCAGUAACGUGAGCGAAUCGGGCGACCUAAACGCAGGUACCUUCCGUACGGUCGGGAGAGAAAGGCAGGAUAGUCCGAUCGGUGGCAGUCCUAACCCUUCUUCUGCCCUCUUCCCUUCUAACGCUGGCAACACGAUCUUGUCAUCGUCACCACAUCGCAGCGGCAGCAGGUUUGGUCAUCGUUCGCGCAACAGCAGUGAUUCAGUAUCCUCAAACGCAGCACAGUACGGGUCUGGUAUUCCUGCCGAUGCCGCAGCCAUGUUCAAGAACGGAAGCCUCGCCGAUAUGAUUAAGAAUAGCUUUAACUCAAACAACCCUGAUCGUCGAAACGGUCAAGAUGGUGGUCGGCCCUUGGGUGUCGUUGAAACAGGAGACAGGAGUGCCGGGACUGACCCUCCGAACAGCGCCAAGGGCCCAAAAUCGUUCUUGUCCUUCUUGUCGCGAAACAAGAGAAAGGAAGAUGGAACAUCACCCGACGAGCUGGAUUCCCCCACCAGUCCAGCUACCGGCUUCAAGGCUCACUCGCUUGGCAGUCGUGCCGGUCAUGUCAGCGAAACCUCGCUCGAUCAGCGCCCCGGUUCAAGUAUCUCGACUCACGAGCACAGUGUCGGGUUCCAGAGCGGCCAUAGUAGGAAGAAGAGCGUGGUAUCUACUCGGGUUUAUCUCCUCGCCACUCUGGAUCACUGGAAUUAUCGCAUGUUGGAUGUUACUGAUAUCGACUCCGCUCAUGACCUGAGACAGCUAGUGUGCAUCAACCUGGGCCUACCUGACAGUGAAGGCGCGGCAAUCUACGUGACUGAGCUGGGCAAGUUCGACCAUGAGGAGCCCUUGGAUGAUAUGAAACUACUCACGAACAAAAGGCUACGGGCGGACGCAAUCGGUACACUAAAACUUUUUGUAAAACCGGGCGGUUUGACGAGUUCGCCAUACCCAGGUCCCGGAACCCAAAGCGGUCAGCCAUCAUCGUAUGUUCCUCGCGACGCCCCUCCCAUGGACGAGGAAACUUUCAACAGGCUAAACGGACAAAGGCAGCGUUCUAGUUCAUCGCCGCCGACGUCAAGGCAGAAUACGAUAUCCAGCAAGGACCGGGACGAGAAGAUGCCAGUGCCGGAGCCAGUCGAGCACAAGGCAGAGCCCCCGAGAAAGCACGCAAUCAAGGAGACAAGCCCGAUCGGAGAGACGACACCGUUCGGUAUUGUCGGCAGGAAAGUCGACUUUGACCAGCCCCGACUCUCACCCUUCGAGGACAAGAGGCCCGAUCACCUGUUUCCGGGAUUCCGACCUAGCACGGCGCAUGCCACCCAGCACCAUCAUCAUAACGCCAUAGAUCAUGGAUACCACCAGAGACGAGUAUCGACGGAUAUACGCGAGAACAUGACGUCCGAAAGGCAGACGAGGAGGCCAGCCGCCAUAAGAGGAACCGCCGAAGUGCCAUCACCAUCAGGAGGAAUCGGCAGUUUGCUCAUCAAUAUAGGGGGCCACCUGGGUGGCAUCGGUCAUCCUGUCGCUGGUGGUGCUCGCGCAUUAUCACCAAACCGUGUUGCCUCAGCGCCCGUCGGGCAUGGUGGUGAGAUGAGCGAACAGCAAAGAGCACGCGCGCCGUCACCAUCACUUAGUCCCAAUGCUCGUCGGAGACCAAGCGAGUCUCAUAUCAGCCAGCAACAAUAUCAGCAGAAUCACCGACCACCAUCAUCGCAGCAGCAUCAUCCACAUCUCCAGCACCAGGCACAGCCACAGCCACAGCCACAGCCACAGCAGCAGCAACAACAGCAACAGCAACAACAACAACAGCAACAAUACCAGCCGAGACAACAGCAGACACAGCAACCACAGCAGCAACAACAAGCACAGCAACCACAGCAGCAACAACAAGCUCCGGCUCAACACGAGGAGUCCAAGCGCAAGUCCCAUGGUCCAGAUGUGGAUUUCAGCGAUAACGAUGUGCGCUUCACCCCACCUCCUGAGAGUGAAUCCCUCAACGCCAGUUCAAACCAUCAAGACUACGCAGACGAUCAAGAUGAUUCGGACGACUCUGAUGAUGGCCUCUUCGCGGUUCCGAUCUCGAAAAACAAGACAGCGGAGACGUCGAAGACCAAAGAUAAUUCGGGCGGGAGCGAUGAAGGACUCGGCAAGCGCCCAAGCUUGAAGGUGGCGACCGAUCGCUCCAAGAAGAACUUGUCCGUGGCAUUCACUACUCCUCAGGCCAGCCCCAGAAUGGCCUCGUUCACGGACGAAACUGAGCAUGCUAGUGUGCCAGCUUCCUCGGGUCAUGGUCACCGGCAGUCAGCGCCUGUUCCAUCGGGGUCAUCGAAGGAAUGGGAACAGGAUGAGACGGAGUGCAAGAUUGGCAGGCGCAAGUCCUUUAUCGAGAAGGAUGUUUGGGCCAACCGUCCCCCGACCGACGCCCUUAUCAACAACCUUGAGGACUUCUUCCCCAACUUGGAUGUCGACCAGCCGGUGCUUGAGGAAGGCGGUGACACGGAGGUUGAGGUCGAUGCCCCGUCACCGAUUGCCGAGGUGGACGAGAGCCAAUUCCAGACACGGCCGCAGCCGAUGGCGGAAACCAUGGCUCAGAGCAACACGGCGGUUGCCAGCAGUAGCAACAACAACGCUCCUAUGCUCCCGCCGCUAAACAGGGUUUCUUCAGCUUUCAACGAGAGCGAUACCCUGGGGUCUGAUGAGUCUACGCUCAAGGCGCUGGAGUCACGUCCACCGUCGAUGGUCUCUGGCAGUGUGCGCCGCUCUAGAGGCCUUGGCCGCAUGAAGUCUAUUCGUGAGGUGGCCCGUGGUGCGCACGAAGCCCACAAGCGCUAUACGCAAACGUCGAUGCAGACGAACGUGGCCACACCGGCAGUUCCCAACGCGACGACCAACCUCAUGCGGCGAAAGAGCACAAAGAUGUUCAACGCCAACAUUGUGCAGAUCGAACCGAGGCGGGGGUCCAUUCUGUCUACCAUUCCCCAGGAGACCCUUCCCACGCAAGACAACAUCAACACGCUACCGAAGAGACAAACGACGUUCCGCUGGUUCAAGGGUCAGCUGAUUGGCAAGGGCACCUUUGGCCGCGUCUACCUCGGUAUGAACGCGACAACGGGUGAAUUCUUGGCCGUCAAGGAAGUCGAAGUGAACCCCAAAGCCGCGCAAGGCGAUAAGAAGAAGAUGCAAGAGCUGGUGGCCGCGCUCGACCAGGAGAUUGACACGAUGCAGCAUUUGGAUCAUGUCAACAUUGUGCAGUACCUCGGCUGCGAGCGCAAGGAGACCUCCAUCUCCAUCUUCCUCGAGUAUAUUUCGGGUGGCUCCAUCGGCUCGUGCCUGCGCAAGCACGGCAAGUUUGAGGAGCCCGUGGUUGCGUCUUUAACGCGCCAGACGCUUUCCGGUCUGGCGUAUCUGCACCGCGAAGGGAUUCUGCAUCGUGACCUCAAGGCGGACAAUAUCUUGCUGGAUCUGGACGGCACGUGCAAGAUAUCCGAUUUCGGCAUCUCCAAGAAGACGGACAACAUCUAUGGUAAUGACAAGACCAACUCGAUGCAGGGGUCCGUGUUCUGGAUGGCGCCCGAGGUGAUCCGGUCGCAGGGCGAAGGAUACUCGGCCAAGGUGGAUAUUUGGUCGUUGGGCUGUGUGGUGCUGGAGAUGUUUGCGGGCAGAAGGCCGUGGAGCAAGGAUGAGGCGGUUGGGGCGAUUUACAAGAUUGCGAAUGGCGAGGCGCCGCCGAUUCCGGAUGAUAUCCGGGAGGAGAUCACGCCGAUUGCGAUUGCUUUUAUGUUGGAUUGCUUUACUGUCGACCCAACUGAUCGCCCUACCGCCGACGUCCUUCUCUCCCAACACCCCUUUUGCGAGCUGGAUCCUAACUACAGCUUUAUGGAUACGGAGCUGUAUGCCAAGAUCAGGGGUACUUAUUAGUUGAACAACGGAACGCCGUCAUCUCUUGUAUGCUAGCGGGCUUUAGUCUACAGGAGGAUACAUACCGCCGACAACCCCUGUGAUGUGCACAAACGAAAAGAAAAAAAAACCAAACACACUUGAAGAUAUCUGCUUGUGUUUUCACCAUGUUAUCACGGACAGGAGGAGGCCCAGGAGAAGAGAACUACUGCGGGGGGGUCCUAUCACCCUACCCUACCCUACUUAUGAAGAGGAAAACUUGCGCAGGAAGACUUGGGGGAAAUCGAAGCAGUACACUAAAAGUAAAUAAUGAAGUGGACCUCAAAAACUGGCCGGAGAAGAGAGAAAGAAAAAAAAAAUGAAAAUAAUAGGGGUAAUGGGACGGAUACGGUCGGUCGAUCGGGGUGUGGUGUCAGUCAGGGUUUACCAUAGGUAUUUAAAGGGGGGAGUGGGUUGGGGUGGGGGCUGUCCCCAAGGUUCGGAUCGUUCAAUGUCGGAAGGCAAACGAGUGAAAUCUUUUCCCAGCGCGUAUCUCUCUCUCUGUGGUUGGAACUGUGUUGUCUGGCGAGUGUGUGUUUGCGAGUGUCUGUAUGUAUUUCUGUGUGAGAGCAGAGGUGCCCCUGGAGAGGGUAUUUAUUGUAUGUUGAUGAUGUUGAGCUGGUUUUCACUUUAGAGAUUAUUAUAUAUAGUACGGUAUCUCUGGG